GCGACAGCGGCAGCAACCGCACGGGGAACGGAGAGGCUGCCAUAGUAGGCGCAGGGGUCGAGAAGGCACCGACGGCAUCGUCACGAGAGGGACGGAGAGGCACCAGCAACAGCGGUGGAUAGCAGAGUUGGACAGAAGCCGGACGGCAGGGGCUGGCAUCAACCGCGCCUAGCUGGCGACGCUGCUGACCGACAAAGGCUGAGCGGCGGAGCGCUGCGGCACAGUCUGCCGCCAGGGGGCAGCCAGUCCGCCGGCCGCCGUCCGCGGCGACGAGCUGCCAGAGUGGCCGACCGGCGUCCGACGUCGUCGGAGGUGGCCGCCGCAGCCGCCGUCAUGAACUGCUCGGAGUUGUGCGAGGAGCUGCAGGCGACCGCCGAGAGCCUCGCGGCCGCCAGCUGCGCCGACUGCGCUGGCUGGAGCGACGCGCAGCUCGUCAACGAGACUGGCAACAAUACCGACGUCAACCAGUUCUACUUCUACGAGACUGAGACGUUGACGUUCCUGUGGAUUCUCUUCAUCAUGAUCAUGCUGGGAAACUCCGCUGUGGUUUUGGCUCUCGUUACAUCCAAGGCCCGAAAGUCGAGGACCAACUUCUUCAUUCUGCACUUGGCUUUUGCAGAUUUAUCGGUGGGCCUCAUCAGCGUCCUGACCGACAUCGGCUGGAAGAUCACCGUCUCUUGGAACGCCGGCAACGUCGCCUGCAAGAUCAUCAAGUUCUUUCAGAUCUUGGUGACAUAUUCCUCCACAUACGUGCUGGUGGCUCUCAGUAUAGACCGCUGUGACGCUAUCACCCAUCCCAUGAACUUCACCGGAAGCUGGCGAAGAGCCAGGCUGCUGAUUGCCACGGCGUGGUGUCUUAGCGCGGUCUUCUCUGCGCCCUACCUGUAUCUGUACAGGGAGCAGCUGGUGGGAGUUCCUCCUCGGAUCGAGUGCUGGAUAGACGUCGGCUCACCACGCAACUGGCAGCUCUACAUGUCGCUGACGGCAACCUCACUCUUCAUACUGCCGGCGGUCAUCAUCGCCGCCUGCUACAUCAUCAUCGUCAUCACCAUCUGGAGGAAGGGAAAGGAGCUCGGCAGCGCGGCCGAGAAAACCUCCCUGCCCGCAGGUCGUCGGAGUACCGCCGCUGACGACCAGGCUGACCGAGACACCAAGAGGGCCAGCUCGCGCGGAAUCAUCCCCAAGGCCAAAAUUAAAACGGUCAAAAUGACGUUUGUCAUCAUCUCAGUGUUCAUCAUGUGCUGGUCGCCGUACUUCAUCUUCAACUUCCUCCAAGUCUUCAAGCUGCUGCCGGAGACGCAGACCAUGGUGGCGCUGAGCACCUUCAUCCAGAGCCUGGCGCCGCUGAAUUCGGCGGCCAACCCCAUCAUUUACUGCAUCUUCUCCGGCUGCGACGUAUGUAGAGCCCUUCGCCGCUUCCCGUGGGUGGACACGCUGCUACGCCGUCUGUUUCCGUGCUGUCGGUGCGCCCAGGCCGAGCCGUCAGGCGCGCUCACCCGGAUCGGCACCCAGUACACCUUCAUGUCGGCUGAGUCCAAACGCGCCACCAUCUCUGCCGGGGGCGCUGGCUCUCUGGUCGACAGUGGACGACAUGGGUCUCUCGACGUGUCACGCAGGCUACUGCCGGUCGGCCGGCGGGCAGCGCAGCGCGCCGAAGCCCUCCGACGCGACGUCUAGCGGAGGAAGGAUGAACUUGAGCUUCGUGCUGUGUGCCCCAGGGCUGGCCUUAGGCUUUAGUUGGGAACGCUGAGCUCGUAGCUGUGUAGGAGAGAGCACGGCAAAAAGUGUACGUCCUCUCGUCCUCUGCAAUCCACGAGAGAAGGUGCCAGCAGCUCACAGAGCGGCUGUGACCCGAACAGUGUCGACCUCAGACCAGCUGAGGUCGCUGAGCGCCGGGGACACACUGGGAGAUGGCCCUGCUGAGGUCAGUGAAGGAGGUCCGCUGAUACCGUCCCGUUGAGGGACAUAGGGCCCCUCUGAGGUCACCAGGAGCCCACUAAGGCUGUUGAAGAUCCGCCAAGGCCGUCUGUGACCACCAGGGACUUAAUUAGACCACCAAGGGCCCGUCAAAGAUCCUCUGAGGUCGCCAGGAAACCCACCUUUGACCUUCCGACCGACUGGGCUGUCACCCCGACCAACAGUGGGUAACUGACCGUUGGUCAGGCGCCCGUGGUGCUUGCUUGCGUCGCGACUCUCUGAGAAUUUCGAUCAGAUUAGAAGUCAACCAGCGGUUGGCGUACUCAGCACACCGUGACACCAGAAAUGUAUUUCACUGAAAUUGCAUCGCAUGUAACUAUAUGUCUAUUUGUAUUACCUAUGAGAUGUCAACGGGCCAGCUGCAGGGCAGGGCGAGGUCAAAGCUGAAUGCUGGAUGAAAAGUACAAGAGCGGGCUGCUUUCGCCGUGUCAGUACAUACUGAGGGGGAAGUUUAUAUUAGGUGUCAUGAGGUGUGAUUUAAUGGCUACAUUGUUGAUACUGUUUUAUGUUAAAUGUUUAAUCUUUAAGCCCUGUGACUGACCGUAUGAUAAGCUAGUUAACAGGGAAGCCGUUUAUUGUUCGCUAUAGGUAUUGUGCCGUGAGUGAGGGUGAGUGAGUGAGUGAGUGAGUGAGUGAGUGAGUGAGUGAGUGAGUGAGUGAGUGAGUGAGUGAGUGAGUGAGUAAAUGAGUGAGUGAAUGCGUAAGUGAGUGAGCGAGUGAGUGGGUGAGUGAGUGAGUGUGUAGAUGAUUGAGCGACUGAGUGUGUUCCCGACUAAGCGGCCGGCGCGGCCCAUCAAGCCAAAGACGUGACGGCCAAAGACGCCAGUGAAUGUGCAAUAUGCUGUGUUGCGCGUCGUCGACUGGCGGUAGCGAGCCUCUCGCUGAUGUCGACUGAUAUGAGAAGCUCUGACCGCCGAGCAGACUAGCCCACACGGUUGCAGUGGACUGAGAACGCCGCCGCCCGGCUGACCGGGUGCUAUGUGCGCAGCUUCUGUUCACUCGCCGACCGAUUUCGCUCUAGAAAUCCUGCGACUGGUGAUUUUGGAACUCAGUUUUACUCUCGAUAAACAGAAGCACUUUGAUAGGUCUGUUUCUCAAACGGAUUAGUGUGAUCACUUCGAGUCUACCCCAAGCGAAACUUUGUUGCGCACAAUUUGUACGUUUAAUGACGUUUCUUCGUAGGCUUUUGACUUUUGACUUACCUACCUAUCGCUCAGCUAUACAGUUUUUAUUGUACGUUAUAUGUAUCCCGCAAAUGGGUUGUGACCUCGGCUGACGCAUGGCCGCUGUGUCAGCACCAUGUCAGUGUGUCAGUGUGUGUCACCGCGGUGUGUGUCACUCCGAGUGUCUCCGCCCGUCCGUCCCACAGACGAUCUCAUUCCCCGGCCGGGAGCGCGCGUGUUCGCUGCGAGAGUCGCGGCCCGCCCACGCACGAGGGCAGUGAAGCGAGUUGAUGUUUAUUGGCAAUACAAACGGAAC